UUGAAUUGGAAGGUGACACGUUCAUGAAUACUUUCAAUUUAUAGUUUCAAGAUGCUACUGGAACAGAUUUGGGGUUUUUUAACGGCUCAUCCAAUAUCUGUUGUUACUACUAUUCUGAUAGUUUAUCUUAUUCAUAUUACUUUAAAACCAUUGAAUCGAGUCAGGAGACUUGGCGAUGUUGGAUUGUUUUUCGGAAAACCAGAGCUGAAAGGAUUUUACAGAGAACGUCAAUUGGAGAGAUUGAAGCUUUUAAGAAGAGUUGGAGAUAUGCCUCCAGUUUUUCCCAAUGGAUGGUAUUGUGUUUGUGAAUCUGAGAAGUUAGCGAACAAUCAAAUAAUGGAAAUCACAGUUUUAGGGCAAUUUCUAUCACUGAUAAGAUCUGAGUCGGGCGCCGUCUAUAUCACAGACUCAUAUUGCCCGCACAUUGGAGCGAAUUUUAAUAUUGGAGGACGGGUAGUACGUGACAAUUGCAUUCAAUGCCCAUUUCAUGGAUGGAUUUUUAGUGCAGAAACUGGAAAAUGUGUUGAAGUUCCGUAUGAUGAAGGAAGAAUUCCAGAGCAAGCAAAAGUGACAACAUGGCCAUGUAUAGAAAGAAAUAAUAAUAUUUAUCUGUGGUAUCAUUGUGAUGGAGCAGAACCAGAAUGGGAAAUUCCGGAGAUCACAGAGAUUACUGAUGGCUUCUGGCAUUUGGGAGGAAGAACUGAGCAUGAGGUUAUGUGCCAUAUUCAAGAAAUUCCGGAGAACGGAGCAGACAUUGCACAUCUGAAUUAUCUUCACAAAUCGGCUCCACCUGUUACCAAAGGAUCAGAUAUUAUAAAAACAGAUCUAUCAGAUCCCCAGCCAGCUGUUCAACAUGUUUGGGAUGGAAAAUGGGAAGUGAAAUCAGAGGAGGAUAGACAUUGUGGAGUUAUGCAUUUGAAUCAAUUUAUGACUUUUUGGGGAUAUAAAGUUCCAUUAACCAGCAGUAAACUUGUUGCAGAGCAGCAUGGUCCUGGAAUUGUCCACAUGUUGUUUGAUUUUGGAAUUUGGGGGAAAGGAGUCGUAUUUCAAACAGUAACUCCCGAAGAAGCACUUCUCCAGAGAGUUCGAUUCAGAAUAUUUUCAAAUAUUCCAUGGUUCUUUGUGAAAUUCUUCAUGACAGUGGAAGCAAUGCAAUUUGAACGAGAUGUGUUUAUUUGGUCCAACAAAAAGUAUAUAAAAUCUCCAUUGCUGGUAAAGAACGAUGGACCGAUUCAGAAACAUCGAAGAUGGUUUUCUCAAUUCUACACGGAAAAUAGUCCAAAAAUGCUGAAAGAUGGAAGUUUGUCCAAUCAAGCAAAAUCAAUUUUUGACUGGUAAAAAUAAGUUUUAUUGGAAUUGAAAUAAAAACAAUUUACACACU